AUGGCAGCGUUCUUGCAUAAAACACCCUCUGUGAUUACUCGCGUACUCGAUGUCAAUGAUUGCCCUCCUCUCCAUGUUUUACAUUCUCCCGCUGAUUUUCCUUUGUAUUAUGAUCCGUUGUAUCACCCCGAGUGUCAUCCUGCUGUUUUUGAGACACCUUCGGGGUUCUGUUCAUGGCUGUAUUCAGCGCUGAACUAUCAUGUUUUGUCGUGUGCCAAGUGUGCAUCAUGUAUCGAGGUACACUCCGUAUCAUUUGAUGGGGUCGCGGUCAAUAUCCGAAUCGGUGGUGUUUCCGUGUCUUUCUCUCCUUCUCAUUUCGCACCGGCAUCCUACGCCCAUUGCAGUGUCUUCAGGUGCUAUGAGGGAUGUCGAGCAGCCGUUACUAUGGAGUCUUGCCUUCUGCUCAAGUUCAAGCGUGACCCUCCUUGGUUCUUCCACGCUGUGGACAUCUAUCGAGACAAUCUAAGCGAGGUUCCCGCUGCAGACUUGCGUGACAUUGCCCGCCGCCUGGGGUUCACCAAGUCGCAAUAUGCAGUGCAAUCUCGUCGUCGCUUCGAGUGGAAAACUCUGGCUCCCGUCAUCUUCCAGCCAGUUUGA